AGGAUGUAGGCUGUUCAACAGGCAAUUGUAUCCACAGGUCUGUGAUUGUAACAGUCUUCAAGUGCUUCUCUAGAAACACUUUAGUUCUAGGCCUAUAGGUCUAGUUCUACUCCUCGCCAGUGAGCGGCAGCAUUGAAACAAUUUGAAUGAAUCAGUUUUGAAGUAUCACAGAUGAACAAGUAUUUCCGCCAUUAAUAUGGCUGGUCGUCGUUUCUGUGUUCACGUAAUCUGUGGCUAGCUAGCGUGUGCAAGAUAAUGUCAUUGUAGAUUUCUGAAAUAAAUGCAACAUUCGCAGAAAGUAUGGCGUCUGAAGAGCAUAUGAAAACUUUCACCUCCCUGCCCUUCUCCUCCCUGCGACUUCUGGUGUCUCCCCUGCGCCUGAUGUCAGCCUUUAUGUGGCAGGUGGCGGAGCACCACAGCGUUGGCCACUAUGAGAAACUGGAGGAGUUCAUUACUCUGGUCUCGACUGCUGCCCCCGAGUACUUUAACCUGACAGAGGUCACAAAGCUUAUUAUUCAGCUCCGAACAAGGAUGGUCUUGGAAUGUUAUCGUGCUGAGAGUCCAGUGGCAGCGAUCAUCAACACUCACCUUGGGAUGUUGAUCAACCUGAAGCAGUCGUGCAGAGACGAAGAGGCCGUGAAGUACUUGGAUGACUUCCUAACGCUCAUUCAAACCGUUCUGGAAAAUCCAUCCUCAAGACAGCAUUACUUCCAGACAGUGUUUCCUGAGCUGUAUGGUCCAGAGUAUGAGGCAGCGCUGGAGAGUAUGGUCCUGGAGUUCCUGUCCAGAGUGGAGGAGCUGCUGCCAUCGCCAGAUUUGAGACAGACAGCAUUGUGGCUCCGCACUGCCCCCAGUGAUUUGGAGGACUGCUCCCAGGUCCUCGUGCCUCCUGAAGACUUGAUGAACCUUCUCAAGCUUCACAGCACUGAGCAUAUCGUGGAGGAAGCUCUUGAAGAAUCAGCCAUAGCGGCUCCUCCUGCCUCUUCUUUCGAGGAGGAAGUCAUGGUCAUCACUAUGCCGACCAGUCCAGGAGUAAUCACCGAGAGCUAUGUGAUCGCCAGCGAUGCUCACGAGGUGGUCGACUGCGAUGAGACACAGGGGUUUGAGAGCGUGGAGUACGUAUCGGAAGAGGAGGCCAGUCCCGAACAAGCUGGUCCCUGUGAGGAGAUGGUUGUAGCAGGCAGCAUCCAGGACUCUGAAAACCAUGCGGGCGAAGGCCAACCUGAGCCCGUCAGCCAGCAGACCAGCCAAGAGAUCUAUGUGGUGCAGAGCUCUGACCACUCGUCGGGCGAAGGCCAAGCCGAGUCUGACAGCCAGCAGGUCAGCCAGGAGAUCUACGUGGUGCAGAACUCUGAGCACCACUCGUCAUGUGAAGUCGAGGGCGAGAUCUUGAGCCAACAUGCAAACCAGGAGAUGUACGUCUUGCAGAACUCUGGGGACCACUCGUGCGAUGGCCUGCCAGAAUCCGUGAGCCAACAGGCCGGCGAGGAGAUCUACGUCAUCCAGCAGCCCUCGACAGUUGUGGAAAAGCCCCCCUCGCCCUCGCCCUCACCAUCACCGUCUUCCACUGUGUAUGUGAUCAGCAGCCCCAUUGCCAGACGCCGCUCAGCAGGGAAGAGAGAGGCCACGCCGUUGAGUGUGGAAAAAUGGGUGUCCCAAAUAGGCAAAGUGAUCCCUCUUCCUUUCCUUCCGUGCCUCCCGAAAUCAAGCAUUCCUCGCGUGAGGUCUGCCCGUAAGUCCCGGGCUCGGACGCCACGCUCAGACGAUACCCAGGACAAAGAACAUUCCGCAAACACGACCAUCGAAGACGGCACGGAUGAGUCCCAGGCGAGCCAAGCAACGUCCAUUGACGAAUACAUGUGCGAGCACUGCGGCAAGAGCUUUCCAUACCGCUGCUUGUUGGACGACCACGCGCGCAUCCACACGGACCCGAGGCAGUUCCAGUGCCCCGUGUGCGGCAAGUCCUUCCGCUCCCGCAGCUUCCUAGCCAUCCACGAGAAGAUCCACUCCAACGUGCGGCCGUUCAGCUGCAACAUCUGCAACAAGGCCUUCCGGAAGCGCGCGGACGUGAUCAAGCACCACCUGGUGCACACAGGAGAGAAACCGUACAAGUGCCCGGUGUGCGGCAAAGGCUUCACGCAGCGCUCCUACCUGAAGAUCCACCAGUCCUGCCACUCCUCCGAGCACAACUUCCCGUGCCCGCACUGCGAGAAGAGCUUCCCCACGGCCUUCAAGCUCCGCAUGCACGAGCGCUACCACACCAUGGAGCGGCCGCACCACUGCUCCAAGUGCGGCAAGAGCUUCAUCCACCUCUCCAUGCUGAAGCGGCACAUGGGCUACCACAACGGCAAGCGCCAGUACCUCUGCUCGCUGUGUGGCAAGGCCUUCGUCUACCUGUUUGACCUCACCAAGCACCAGCGGCUGCACGAGAAGCCCAAGCAGUCCAUGCCCUGCACGCUGUGCGACAAGAUCUUCACCAGCCCCGAGGGCCUGCGCUGCCACAUGCGCAUCCACACGGGCGAGCAGCCGUACCAGUGCCAGGAGUGCGGCAAGUCCUUCACGCAGCAGGGCAACAUGCGGAGGCACCUGCGUGUGCACACUGGCGAGCGGCCCUUCAGCUGCAUCAUCUGCAACAAGAGCUUCAAGCACUCCUCGCACCUGAAGGACCACUCGCACAUCCACACCGGCGCCUGGCCCUACCAGUGCGGCGACUGUGGCAAGACGUUUCGCUUCCCGGGGCCCCUGAAGAAGCACCAGCGCUCCCACACUGACCCACAGGAGUCACGGCGCAGCGGUCGCCGCAAACAGGAAUCCCUGUAAGAGUUGGAAAAGUUCAAAGAUCCAUGCACAGUUUCUAGGUGCUGGUAAACGCAGGAGUAUUCAAUACUUUAAAAGGGGAAAAAAACUUAACCUCACCCUUUUUUUUGGCUUUAUGCUCUUUUAUUCGCCUCUGUGAGUCAGGCCUGUAGAGUUGGAUUUAGGGAUUUUUAUUUCCCUGCAUGUCAAGAUGUUGUGGUGUCUCCCAGGAGACAUUUUCUGUCACAAAUGCACUGAAGCAUAAUGCCCGAAGUGUACAAGUGCGCCGUUUGAGACACUGAAAUUGUCUACCAGUUCAUGACCAUGGCUCAACCACAAUUCAGUUAUUCAUAGACAAAAAAUGCAGAAAGUGAUUUACCAGUUCAGAGGAUGUUACUUUGAAAGCAUGCCUUUUGUCAUCAAGUUCAGGAUAAUGAGUGUUUGCAUUUUCCCUGUUUAAAACCAUAAAAUCUUAAUUCCAGUGGUGAUCUGGGUAGCAAACCAUGUUUAUUGUCACACUCUUUAAGUUUGGUAAGGCGUUAUAAUGUUGAACAAGGAUACAGUGCAUUACAUAAUAUGCAUUGGCAAUAAAUAACAUAUUUGUUGCAUGACUACAUGUACUGUGCAACACUCUAAACAUGGAUGAUUCGAGAAGCCAUGACAUGGACAAUGCUUUGGAUUUAAGAAAUAAAAUGAUGCGAAGUAAUGAUGAAUGGCAAAUAAUUUAAUUUUCACAAUUGUGUAUUUUGUAUAAAAUUAAUUGUCUGAAAUGACUUGUCAUUUAUUAUUUUGUUUUCAGAAAUUAAAUAUUUUUGUAUUACUAUUAAUCUUUCCCUUACUAUGUAACAUUAGCUUCCUCUGGCUUGAUAAUUCAGUAAAUAAAGUCCGUCUCUUCUUCAGUUACCCUGUUUCUCCUCA